UUUUAGGGAAGUUAAGAAAAUAAGUAAGAUGAAUUACAAUCAAGCUUCUGUGUUGUACUGUACAAGCAGUUUGGGAUCCUAAACAGAUGAAAAAGAAAUAAAGCAAAUGAAAAAAAAGGGGGCUGAUAAAGAUUUUGGCUACAAUACAGGAGACAUAUCAUUACCAUAUGAUCUAAUGUGGGUGUCAGCCUGGAUUGUGUUCAUUGAGGGAAACCUUAUUUUUUAACUGUGCUGUGGAAUAGAAGCAGGAGGGUUUUCCACCAAGUGACAGUCACUGAGCAGUAACCUACCCCCUCCUCCUUUCCACACCUGCAAGUCCUUUGCCGGGGCUGAAUAUUUAGUUUAAUUACAUCUCAGCUUUGAGAGCUCCUCUUGCAAAUCCCUGGAUUAAAAAGGUUCACUGGUUCUGUUCUGAGUAGAUGAAGUAAACCAUGAAGGUGGCUGUCUUCUUCCUCCUGCUUCUGCCAGUAUGCUGGGCCAAACCAUUCCACCAAAAAGGCUUGUUUGAGUUUAUGCUAGAAGACGAAGGAUCUGCUGAUCUUCCUCCGACAGACAGUCCUGACAUAUACCUACCCGGAGCAGUAUGUCCAUUCCGCUGUCAGUGCCAUCUUCGGGUUGUUCAGUGUUCAGAUUUAGGCCUGGAGAAAGUGCCAAGGGAUCUUCCCUCAGACACAACCCUGCUCGAUUUACAGAACAACAAAAUCACUGAAAUAAAGGAAGGGGAUUUCAAGAACUUAAAGGAUCUCCAUGCAUUGAUCCUUGUGAACAACAAGAUAAGCAAGAUCAGCCCUGCAGCCUUUGCUCCACUGAAGAAACUGGAGAGACUUUACCUCUCCAAGAAUAACCUGAAGGAACUUCCAGAAAACAUGCCUAAAAGCCUUCAGGAGCUACGUGCCCAUGAGAAUGAGAUCACCAAGCUGAGGAAAGUUGUCUUUAAUGGACUGAAUAGUAUGAUUGUCGUAGAACUGGGCACCAACCCACUCAAGAGCUCAGGGCUUGAAAAUGGAGCCUUUCAAGGGAUGAAGAAGCUCUCCUAUAUCCGUAUUUCAGAUACCAACAUUACUAGUAUCCCUAGAGGCCUUCCUCCAUCCCUUACAGAGCUUCAUCUUGACGGCAACAAGAUCACCAAAAUUGAUUCUGAAAGUCUAGCUGGACUCAUCAACUUGGCUAAAUUGGGUCUCAGUUUCAACAGUAUCAGUGCUGUUGAUAAUGGCUCUCUUGCUAGUAUACCUCAUCUGAAAGAACUUCACUUGGAUAACAAUGAACUAGUCAAAGUGCCUGGUGGGCUGGCUGAACACAAAUACAUCCAGGUAGUCUACCUUCAUAACAAUAAAAUUGCUUCUGUUGGCCCCAGCGACUUUUGCCCUCCUGGAUACAACACCAAAAAGGCUUCCUAUUCAGGUGUGAGUCUUUUCAGCAACCCUGUACAAUACUGGGAAAUCCAGCCAUCUACUUUCCGAUGUGUCUAUGAACGUUCGGCAAUACAGAUUGGAAAUUACAAAUAGAGCCAUAGAGAUGGAGCUCGGUUGUAUUUCAUCUACAAAUACCUGUUGUCAUAAGCCUGUUUAAAAAUUGUUAACAUUUAAAGCCAAAUACUGGAAACUUCACUGAGUGGAUAUCACCCAUUGAUGUAAAAUUACUGAUUCUUUAUAAGUGUAUAAGACAAAACACACCAUCAAAAGAAUUGCCAGCUGUACUCUAUUUAGACUUAUUUCAGCCUUCAUUUUGCCAGAAUGCUUUGUGUGGUAUCUUUCAGUUAGCUGAACACUACAGGUUUUCACAUUCCAUUGUAUAUGAGAUUCGGGGUAAAUAUUUGUCAAAUCUUUUGAUAUUAAAAACAAAUGAUAAUGAUUGAGGGUUGUUGGGUUUUUUUGUUUUUGUUUUUAUAGCCACUCAUGGAAAUUGGUAGAGCAAAAAGGAGAUGAGACUCUAUUUUUUAUUCUUGGGCACAGUUAGCCCCUUUAAACUUAAAUCAAGCCCUGGAGGUUUAAAAAUAUCUGCUAUAACAUGUUUAAAGCCUAUUUCUGAAUGUAUCUAUUUAGCAAAGGCAAUAUAAAUUGUUGCUAAUGUCAUUAUUUUGGUAAAAAAAAUAAAACAAACUCAUAUUGUAUACAUAUUUCCUUUUCUAAGUGUUUACAAAUCUACCUGAGCAAUUCUAGUUAAGGUUAGCAAAUAAAAGUUUUGUUGGCCUAAAAAAAUAAAUAAUUUGCAGUACAAGACAUUUGUCAUAUAUUCCUGUUCUUCACUACUUUUGGAUCAUGAUGACUACCAUUAUCUGGGGCAAAUCCAGCACACCUUAAUCACAUGAGCAGUCUCAUUGUCUUCACUGGGCCUACUUGUGAGAGUGAGGUAAUUCUGAUUUAGCCGUCUAUAUUAAUCCACUUAUAGAUAUAAAAUCUAAAAACUUCAACAUUCUUCACUGAUUCUGUAUUGUACACUAGUUGACUCUCUUCACUGUUUUCAGUUUUUAAUUAUUUUUUUAAAAAAAGUCAAGUAGAGAUAUGCAGCCUGCCUAUCUGAAGAAAUGGAGGUAUUCGUGGGUCUUGGAAUAUCAGCUGACUCAUACUUCUGGGAACAAGAUUAAAUCACUGGCCAGAACUGGGACAUCAUUCUUGGAAAUCUCUUCUUCUUCUAAGAGUGGUUUGAAAGCAAUCCAUGUAUUUGGGUUCUACAGUUGGUAUGAGAGGGUAACAGGCAUGGCAAAGGAAGGCUGCACAUUUCUACUUCCGUUGUCUACAAAGUUCUUUUUAUACUCAUUCCAGUUGUCAUGUUAAAAGAACCUUCCGAGGCCACUUAAUUCUCCAAGUCAAUCUUUUCAAUUUGUAAAACUUGUAUGGCUUUUAUAUUAAAGAAUGCUGUAAUACAGGCAAACUCCCAA